AUGUCAUCAACACAAAUUGAUUCAGAACCAUUGACUUCAAAUGUACGUCCAAUUACUGAUUCUUUAAUAACUAUACGAAUAAUUAAAUCAUUCCCAUAUAGAAAUGUUAAAAAUCAUAUUAUAAAAGAUUUGAAUUUAAAAGAAACUACCCCAAAACAACUAUUACAACAAAUCAAUGAGAUUAUAAAUACAACUGGUGGAUUAAGACCUUAUAGAAACAUUGAAUAUAAUACUUUAAAGAUCUAUACAAAAGCUCACGGUUCGAAAUCAAUGAAUUUAGUUAUAAACUUUGAUAAUGAUCAUGAUUGGAUUUUAAUAAGUCCAUUAAUAACUCAUAAUCAUGAAAAACUGUUAUAUGAAUUAGGUAUUGAAAAUGAAACUGAAUUAAGUGUAUUUAAUUGGGAUGAUUAUUUGAAAUAUAAAGAAAAUCCAGAGGAGAAAUGGUAG